GGCACGCGCAGGGUUCUCUCCUCCCGACACUUUUGUAAACAACAUGGCGACCCGAGCACUGGCCCUGCUCUCCGUCCGCUCUGCUGUGUGAUAUAAGCGAUGUGUGGCAGACUGCACUGACGCUGCAGCUGUAGCAGACUGAAGGUCGGACCGGGACCGGGACCAAGCAGCUGUCAGGAGGACGGUAGACGGUAGACCAGCCCGUCCCUGGCCGCCCCCCGGUCUAUGGGCUCGCAGUCCAGUUCUGGGAUGUCUGGUGGGAGAGGCUCUUCCAGUGGCAGCCCGGCAGAGCCGUCUGGAGCCGCGGCCCCGAGCCAGAGCCAGGGCCAGAGCCAGAGCCAGAGCCAGAGCAGCAGCAGCAGCAGCAGCGGCAGCAGCGGGGGCCGGGGCCGCCGCACCGCGGACCGCCAGCCCGCUUCAGAGGAGGACGUGGACCUGGCUGAAGUGCUGGCUUAUCUACUCAGGAGGGGCCAGGUGAGACUGGUCCAUGGCAGCAGAGCCACAGAGCUGGAGCUCGUCCAGUCAUAUUCCGACUCUGACGAGGACAGCGAUGGAGCCUUGGAGGGGCGGCUCGGGGACCGCUACAAUCCACCAGUGGACACCCAGCCUGACACAAAUGAGUUGGACCGCAGUGAGAUCCGCACUCAGAUCCUGCUGGCCACCGCCUCGUCUUCCAUGAGAGGCCGCCACAGUUUCACCCACAUGCUGUCAGAGAGGGAACAAGGCAGAUGUCGAGGCUCCAGUUUUUCCCAUGGAGAAUGCAGCCGCAUCCGCACACAUUUCCUGCCAAACUAUGUGUCCCACAAGGAUUCGUACCAGCAGAAAGCCUUUUGCGGAGUUUACUGUGAGGAUGGCAGCAUGUUCCUGUCUGCCUGCCAAGACCAGAACAUUCGCCUGUAUGACACCACCAGAGGGCGUUUCCACCUACGGCGGACGGUGAAGGCCCGUGACGUGGGCUGGAGCGUGCUGGACGUUUGCUUCACUCCCGACGCCCAGCACGUGCUCUACUCCAGCUGGUCUGACUACAUUCAUUUGUGCAGUAUAGAUGGAGACAGUGAAAACCACACCGCCUUGGACCUCAAUCCAGAUGAGAGGAGGUUCUGUGUGUUCUCACUGGCUGCAUCAACAGAUGGGAAAGAGAUCCUGGGCGGAGCAAACGAUGGCUGCCUGUACGUCUUUGAUCUGGAGCAGAACAAGCGAACGUUGAAGAUCGAUGCCCACGAAGACGACGUGAACGCGGUGGCGUUCGCCGACAACUCGUCCCAGCUGCUCUUCUCCGGCAGCGACGAUGCCCUGUGCAAGGUCUGGGACAGACGGACGCUGCGGGAGGACAGACCGCAGCCUGUCGGACAGCUGGCCGGCCACCGAGACGGCAUCACUUUCAUCCACAGCAAGGGAGAUGCCCGCUAUCUAAUCAGCAACUCCAAGGACCAGUCCAUCAAGCUGUGGGAUGUCAGGAAGUUCUCGCCUAAAGAGGGAUUGGCUGCCUCCCGCCUGGCUGUCACCCAGCAAAACUGGGAUUACCGCUGGCAGCAGGUUCCCCAGAGAGCCCUAAAAAGACACAGGCUGACGGGCGACACGUCAGUGAUGUCCUACCGCGGUCACGGCGUUCUGCAUACGCUCAUCCGCUGCCGCUUCUCUCCAGAAUUCAGCACCGGGCAGAGGUUCAUCUAUUCCGGUUGCUCCACCGGCAAAAUCAUCAUCUACGACGUGCUGACCGGCGCGGUGGUCACCAGACUGUCGGGCCAUCACGCCUGCGUGAGGGACGUGAGCUGGCACCCGUACGAGGACAACAUCAUCAGCAGCUCGUGGGACGGAGCGGUGCGAAUGUGGGAGCACAGACAAACCCAUCCUCUAGAAGAGGAGCGAGAGCGGGAGAAAGACGGAGAACUGCAGCAAGAGACGAAAGAAAGAUGCUGAAGGAAGUAACAUCUCCUCGGAUGGGAGCGAGGCCAGCCCUGAUGGAGGAGGACUCUGAAAGACUUGUUUCUCUUUUGAAUUACAUGCUGGAUAAUAACACUUCAAGUAUCGCAUGGCUGUGAAAGUAUUCAUUUGGAAGCCGCGACGGCCUCCCAGUCCUGGGAGCACAGAGGAGCGGCCCGGCCUGCUUCUGUUUUUCUUUGGUUUUUGCCUCACUGUCUUGCGCAAAGUGAACGGGCCAGUGUCUUUGGAUCCGGACGUGAACACUUUCCUCAAAAUGUGCCGAGCCUGGAAGCGCUGGCACUGCACUCAAUAAGCUGUUGAAAAAAAUAAUAAGUUAGUUACAUAAAGAAAGAAAUGUUGGAUAUUUCAGAAAGAUUGCGAUAAUUCUGUAUACUUGUAUAGUAUUUUAAUGGUAUGUGCAUUCAGGGAGUGUAUUUAGAUGAGUUCUCGUGGGCUAAUUUGGCGUCGGUUUUGCCUCUGCUGUUAUAAAUAACAUAAGCUGUGUCCCAUUUUAGAGGCCAUCCCAUUUAAAGUCCUCACAUACAGUCUGAAUAUGUGAUGUUAUUAUUAUUCUUUUAGUUGCCUGAAGUCACAGCUGCAACACGUGAUCGCAUACAUUUUAGUUUUGAGCCUACAGUUGGUCAGCUGUGCAAAGGCAAUCCUUUUGGAUGUGGGCUGGGCUCUCUGCUGGGCGUUUCCAGCAGGUUGUAAACUCGACUGUGGGGGUCAGCACUCGGCUCUGCAAACACAACACACGCUCUGGGGCGACUCUCUUUCUUUUCUGUGUUUUUGUAACGUUUUAAUGGCCAAUAUAGGUUAACCAGUGAUAUGUCUAAAAGAGUUGCCUAUGUGUGAUGAUGUUGAAAUCCGGACAGGGGAUGUGCACAUGGUUCAAAAACUUGUAAACACUGAUUCAUAUAUGCAAUUUUCAGGUCUUUAUAUUGUUGCCCACGUUUCACUUUCAGACUGUUGAUUUACAGUAACAAUUAAAAACUUUCUUUAAAUACA